GCGCCGCGCUGCCGGCAGUGCCGGUUCCGCCGCGCCGCCGAACGCGCUCUUCCGCAGCGGCACCGUCCUCUCCGUCUCUGUCACCAUGCCCGCCGAUACGGGCAUGGAGAAACCCACCGCCUCGCCCAUCGCUGGGGCACCGGCCAGCGCGAGCCACACGCCGGAUAAGCCGCGGAGCGCCAGCGAGCACCGGAAGGUAAAUGGAGGGUGCCGGCCGGGGAGCAGCAGCGGCGCUGGAUGGCGGCGAGCCCGCGGCCGUGCUGAGUCCUCCAAACCCAUCAUGGAGAAGCGGCGCCGCGCGCGCAUCAAUGAGAGCCUGGGGCAGCUCAAGACCCUCAUCCUGGAUGCGCUUAAGAAGGAUAGCUCCCGGCACUCCAAGCUGGAGAAGGCAGACAUCCUGGAGAUGACAGUCAAGCACCUGCGGAACCUGCAGCGGGCGCAGAUGACGGCUGCUCUGAGCGCCGACCCCACUGUCCUUGGCAAGUACCGGGCUGGAUUCAAUGAGUGCAUGAAUGAGGUGACCCGGUUCCUGUCCACCUGCGAGGGAGUGAACACCGAUGUCCGUACCCGUCUCCUCAGUCACCUCUCGGCUUGCCUGGGUCAGAUUGUGGCCAUGAACUACCCUCCGCCACCGCCGUCCGGCCAGCCCGCACAUCUGGCACAGCAGCCUCUGCACGUCCAGCUGCCGCCCGCAGCAGCCGGAGCCGUGCCCGUGCCCUGCAAACUGAACCCCGCUGAAGCCCUGUCCCCAAAAGUCUAUGGGGGCUUCCAACUCGUCCCUGCUACCGACGGCCAGUUUGCUUUUCUCAUCCCGAACCCAGCCUUUCCUCCCAGUUCUGGACCAGUUAUUCCCCUCUAUGCCAACUCCAACGUCCCCGUGUCCUCCGGGAACACGGCCACCACCCCAUCAGCAUCCCCCGUGCAGGGGUUGACAUCAUUUGGGGGCAGCAUUGUUCCAGCGUCCCAGGCGGGAAGUCCCAUCGGAGAGCGAAGUGAAUCCGUCUGGAGGCCUUGGUGACUUAUCUAAAGCGAUUCCACCCCGCAAAAAAACCUCAUCUGUUGGCUCCGUUGUAUGGAGCCCUGUUAUGUUUGGGUUUUUUAAGCAGAUUUAAACAGAAAGAUAAAAAAGGACCUCGCUAUGAACCUGCUAUUUAUUAUUUUCGAAGGUUGGGAUCUCAACUUGUAUUUUUACUCCUUUGAAAUUUCUUUAUUUGAGAUACUUUUUUUAAAAAAAAAAAAUAAAUGAGAAAUAGUUUUGUAACAAAUAUUCAAAAGUUUAAUGCCAAAGUUGUUUGUAUCCUGUUGGUCUGUGUGUGUGUGCGUGCCUGUGUUGAAGACUUCCAAGAAAAGAGAAAAAAAAAUCGCAGAUGUUUAAAUAAAUAAACUCUUUGA